AUGUUUUGGCUUGCGUUUUUCUUUUUCUUGUAUUUUAUUUUGGGUUUCUGUUCUUUUGUAUUUGUGUUUGCCACGGAUUUUCUUUGUGCUGAGUUCUUCUCUCUCGUUCUCAAAUUUGCUGAGGAGAUUGUUUCUCUCUCCUCUCUUCUCUUCUGCACUGAUUCUCUCCUCGCACUAAAACAACAGCAAAAAAAUUUUUUCUCGUGGUGGCGCGCACGCGAAUGGCACAAGAAGAAAAAGAAGAGAAGAGAGAGAGAACAAGAGGAGACAAGAGAGAAGAGAGAAGAGAGAGAGAAAGAAAAGGAGAAGAGAGAAGAGAGAGAGAGAAACACAAGAGAGAACAGAAACAAAACAAUAAAAAUACACGUGACAGAAAAAAAUAAAAAAUAA